GCAACGAGCAAUAGAAACGAAGAGCAAAAAGGGACACAGCUCAAUUUAAUACUGCGAUAUCCGAGCAACCAAGCAAUAGAGGACAACGAUACUACGACCGUGCCAUGGUGCUUGCGGUCUUGUUCGAGCAGUUCUUGCCGUCGCACCGCGGCCUUAAGAAAAACCCCAAGCACCUGCUCACCGAGAACGACGGACUCGUCUGGAAGAAACAGGAAGAACGGCAGCGCAAGCAGGAAGAUGACAAGCGGCGCCGAGCCCGUUUACGUCUUCGCAAGAAAUGGAAGAACAAAGGACUCGGUGGUGGUGCCUCCGGCGGUGCUUUCGACGCCAGCCUGCUGGAUUUAGGCCCGUGGGAGGACAACCACCCACAAGGGCAAACAGCUCCUGCCAAUACCCCAGCAACCAUCCCCGACCAUAGUUCCAAUCCGACACCAAAAAACUCCGCGUCUGCUGCUACCCGGCCCAAACGAAAGAGGUGCAAGGCCUCCAAGUGCCUCGCCUCUCUAGCGGCAGACUUCGACGUGAUGACGGACUGGUUGUUUUACGCCCACUGCGUUUCCGAAAACAAGGCCGUUCCGUCUUGGAUAAUGGAUUGCGUUCUAGCGUCCUGCAUCCUGGGAACCCUCAUGUGGCUGAUUCUGGCGACGGACGGGGCCUUUGCGACGCCCUUCCUGAAACUCCUGGGCUAUGACAAGCUCAGCCUGGGGCACGUCCUCUUCGUGUGCGUGCUAGUAGAGGACAUUCCCCAGGUCGUCCUAACGUUCGUCAUCGAGGACUACUACGGGAGCAUGGAAGAAAACCAAGCGUCGACGACGCUCACCAACUACGCACUGAUCAAUGUCGUGGCAAGCCUCUACGACACGCUCAUCAAGCUGGCCGAGGCGUUCGACGAGCGGGAGGACGUGGUCGAAACGGGGCGGUGGUGCAAGGAAAGCAUCCGGACACACCCCCGCGGUUCCGUCGCCUGUGUGACGGUGGUGCAGCCGCCGCUGUCGCCGGAACGCUUGGAAGACGGGGGGAAAGAUUCCACCCCUAGGUCGGAGAGCGGAACCAAGUCCCCCCGUCGGCGGGGGAAACGGACGCGGAAAUCCUUUCUAGAGGAAGCGACGUCGAUCGUAGCGGAAGCCAAGCUCCCACGAAUCUGCUUCCUGUCGGCCUCCAGGAACGAAGGAUCCGUCAAACUCUGGGACACUCUCGAGAAUCCACCCGACCGAACCGGGGAUGAUAAGUGCUUUCGGACCUUUGUGGUCGGCGGCGAUGAUAGCCACUUCCGGCGCUCCCCCUUUGGUGGGCGUUCGCCCUCUGCCGUCUCUUGCCUUGUUGUGCUGGAGUCGGUUUCGCAUCUGGCGGAGCGGGAGCUGCUCCGCUGCUGGCCCGAUGGCACGCAACCCGAGACCGCCGGGGGCUCUUACUUUCUGACCGGAAGCUACGGCGGAACCGUCCGGUUGUGGAACAACGCCACCGAGGUCUGCCUCAAGUCGUAUCCCACGCUGGGGGUUGCCUUUGGUGCCGAGCGCAUCGAGGUGACCAGCAUUGCGCACAUCCGAGCUUCGGGGAUGCGGCGGCAGCAAUAUUUUGAGAAACAAGAGCCGGCGUCUCUGCUGGCAGCAGACAACGAAUAUUUCGUGACGGGCCACAAGAGUGGCAAGGCGCGGUUGUGGAACCUUUGGCCGGGAAGAUGCCUCCGCGUCUUCUGCCCGCAGGGCCCAGGGCCUACGGUGGGCCCAUUCGCUUGGAGGGAAAGAGCCCUUCCCUUUGCCAAGCUGAGAAACAGGAUGGCAAACAACUUUCGAUCCGCGUACAUGCUCCAUUCCGUGUGUUCGCUGGAAGACUCGAAGCACUUUGCCACCGCCUCCGCGGACGGAAUCCUGCGGUUGUGGGAGAUCGAUCCACCCCACCACAAUCCGGGUGGCAUCGCCGAGGUCGCCAUCCCGUUUGGACAGGCUGCCACCCAUGUUGCACCUGUUCCCGCCGCGGGCUCGGUGUGCACCACCCCCGCCCGGGAGUUCAUCGGCCACGCAGGAGCCAUACUGUCGGUGCGGUGCCUCUCCGCGGGGGCGGUGCUGGUGACGGGAUCGGAGGAUUGCACGGCCCGCCUCUGGAGUGCUUCGACCGGGGCCUGCCUGCGCAUCCUGGAGGGCCACACGGGGGGGGUCACGGCCGUGGACGUCGUCGACGCCUGGACCGUCCUCACGGGAUCGAGGGACACCACGCUGAGGGUCUGGGACGCCCUCUCGGCCUCGUGCAUCCGAACCUACGCCGGGGAGCACACCCGGGCGGUCACGUCCGUCUCGAGCCUCGGUGCCGGGAGCGGACACGAAAGCGGGCACGGCGGGGCCUUUUGCAGCGCAUCCGAGGACGGGACCGUCAAGCUGUGGGUGUUUUCGGCGCUCCCCCACGAGUCGUCGGUGCCCGGCAGGCUGGCGACGAAGAUGGGGGGAGGCCCCACGGAGAGCGAGAGCUUCGACGACGAGGACGAGGACGAGGACGACGGAACCCUCCGGGACCUCCUGGGGGUGGAAGACGGAUCCCUCUCGUGCAUGGCGUGCCAAGCGGAAGACGAAACGAGCAUUUUGCACGAUGACGACUGCGACAACGACAACGACUACCGCGUGCCCGAGGGCGAGAACGAGGAAUCGCACGAGCUCGAACGCGGGGGGACGGAUCGGUGGCCACCAGGGCAAUCCAAGAGCACACCCUUUUCGCAAUCCCACCGGUCCGAGCUGGAAGUGGGGGUGCAUAUAACCCCACCCGUUGUGUCCCCCCUGUUCGAGGACGAGGAAUCGCAGGAGCUCGAACACGGGGGGGACUGAUCCGGGCAGGCAAUUCAAGAGCACACCCUUCUGGGAAUCUCCCCAGCCCACUCAUUUUGGCGCUCUGGAUUCAGAGCUGGAAGUGGGGGUGCAUCUAACGCCACCUGUUGUGCUUGUAUUUGUUGUGUACUAUUGCUUAGCUCCGAGCGCUUCUUGAAUACCAAUUGGCUUGAGAUUCUGGGGAAGUGUUACUACUAGAUUACUACCAGAUGUAGUAAAAAAAUUCAAUUUUG